AUGUCAGACAACGAGGGGACGACGACAGCAGCUGCCCCGCAAUCGGCGGCGACGGCAGUGGCAUCUGGUGUGGUUUCUCCUGGUGUGGUUUCAGCGGCGCCGGUGACGGCGGCGGCCGCGGGUUCUGCCUCGUCGGCAAGUUGGGGAGCGGUCAUCAAGAUGCGGGGGUUACCCUGGGAGACAACGGUAGAGGAUGUGGUUCGGUUUCUGUCGCCUGUGCACUUGGUGUCAGAGCAAGACAUAUAUCUGGUGAUGGGUGGCAACGGGCGUUGUAAUGGUGAGGCGUACGUGGACGUGGUGAGCACAGAGGAACAGGAUAAGGUCAUAGCAGAGUUGGACGGGAAGUUAAUGGGAAGACGGUGGAUUGAACUCUUUAAAAGCUGCAAGUCCGAAAUGGACGCAGCCAAGGCGCGUGGUCCGGCGCCUGUGCCUGCGGCUGCUGCUGCUGUCGUGGGCACGGACUCCGGUCGUGGGGUCGUGGGCGGAGUCCUGCGCCUGCGCGGUCUGCCUUGGGGCGCAACCGACUUCGAGAUCAUCCAGUUCUUUUCGGGUAGGUCGUUACAGUCAUCGCUCACGGGUUCCUCUUUCGUAGAUGGCGGGUUUUCCAUUGACUCUUCGCAGAUCGCCAUGCCGCUCGUCCGGGGACGUGCUUCCGGUGAGGCCUAUGUCGACUUUGGCUCUUCCGCGCGCGCUGAGGAGGCCAAGCGCGUCAUGAACCGCCGCUGUAUCGGCACGCGCUACAUCGAGCUCUUCAGUGCUACACCGCGUGACUUCGCUGACGCACUCCGGGCUAUGGAGAACGGCGGCAAUCCACCUGGCGCAGCCGGCCCCAUUCGCAGCUACCGCCAGUACGAAACUCCCGGUGCUGGACCGUACAUGGGUGCAGGUCUAGGGGGCCCUGCUAUGACAGCUGCCG